AUGGAGGGGAUGCAGAAAUAUUUUAAAGAAUUCCACGAAGUACAAACCAUGUUAGAAUUACAACAACCGGAAGAAGAUCACGAAUCGGUCCGAAUGGAAAUCGAAAACAAUUAUUAUGACGCGACGGCUCGCGCGAGAGCACUCAUACGUGCAUGCAACCCGCCAACUACACAGCGGUCUACAGAAAGUCGCGAGAGUCCAAACCCUUUUAGAUUUCGGGGUCAGGAACAUAGACAUAAAAGGCUUCCUCAACUCAACCCACCGACAUUUGACGGGCAGUUAGAAUCGUGGGCGACUUUCAAAACGCGAUUCAUGUCCAUGAUUAAUCGAAACGAUGAUUUAUCAGACUCGGAAAAGCUAGAGUACCUACAGUCGGCUUUAACGGGCAAGGCAGCCAAGACGUAA